AUGGACCCCAAGGACCGCAAGAAGAUUCAGUUCUCCGUGCCCGCGCCCCCCAGCCAGCUCGACCCCCGCCAGGUGGAGAUGAUCCGGCGCCGGAGACCAACCCCUGCCAUGCUGUUCCGUCUCUCAGAGCACUCCUCACCAGAGGAGGAGGCCUCCCCGCACCAGAGAGCCUCAGGAGAGGGUCACCACCUCAAGUCGAAGAGAACCAACCCCUGUGCCUACACGCCCCCCUCGCUGAAAGCUGUACAGCGCAUUGCCGAGUCUCACCUGCAGUCCAUCAGCAACCUGGGUGAGAACCAGGCCUCAGAGGAGGAGGAUGAGCUGGGGGAGCUGCGGGCCCUGGGCUACCCAAGAGAAGAGGAGGAGGAGGAGGAGGAGGAGGAGGAGGAGGAGGAAGAGGAAGAUGAAGAAGAGGACAGCCAGGCUGAAGUCCUAAAGGGCAGCAGGGAAUCUGCGGGACAGAAAGCAACCAGUGGCCAGGGUCUGGAGGGGCCCUGGGAGCGCCCACCCCCUCUGGAUGAGCCCCAGAGAGAUGGAAGCUCUGAGGAUCAAGUGGGAGACCCAGCACAAAGUGAGCCGGGGGAGGAGCCACAGCGCGCUGCACCCCCUGAGCCUGGCACAUAGGCACCAAAUCCUGCAUCUCCCAGGAGGGAGGAAGUAGAGGGAGCAUCGCUGUUCUCCAUAAUCCCAUUCUGUCCUCAUCCUAUUUUGUACCCUUCCCCUCACCUGCUAGGGCUGCGGCUUCUGAUUUCUAGGAGACUAAGGCUGGUCUGUGUUUGCUUGUUUGCCCACCUUUGGCUGAUGCCCAGAUUCCGGGGCACUUGCUGCCUGAUGCCUACCCCUGCCAGUUGUUCUCCCAUUCACCCAGUGAGAGGUGGGAUGUAAGACAGCCCACACUGGAAAAUCCAGGAACCUGGGGACAAAGGUCCACCCUUCACAAUUUACUUCCCAGGCCCCCUCCCCUGGGCACAGGAGACCACAGGGCAGGACCCUAAGAUCUGGGGAACGGGGGUACUAAGAACCUGUAGGUGCCCUUAGAUUCUUCUCCAUCUCCUCUUAUAUGGGGGAUUCCAAGUUACCACCCCUCUCACUGGCUUCUACCAGGGCCGGGGACUCAGGCAUCCUUCUCCAUAGCCUCGACACUUUGGAAAUCUUCCUUUUACCACCCCUGCUCCCUGGCCUGGGUGCCUGGAACAUGGACUGACGGAGGCUGCUUUAUUGCCUUUUGUGUGUGCUUUGAUGCCAGGAAUGCUGCCUAGUAUGCAUCCGUGUGGGGGCGCACUGUGGCAGGGGCAGGUUCUUGUUCUCCAGCUGCUCUGCCCCCUUCCCCUUCUUCCCUGACCCCAGGUCCUAACCCCUCCCGUGCUGUAAUAAAUCUUUGUAAAUAA